CCCAAGCGCGCCCCCGGCCCGGCCGGCCCCGCCCCCAAGCGGCGCAGGGCGCGCGGCCCCUCCCCUGCGCAGGGCGGGGCAUCCGGCGCGCGCCCGCUUCCUCCUUCUCUUUCUCCGGCGGGCGCGGCGCGGGCGGCAGCUCCGGCGAGCGCCAUGGCGGCCAACGCCGAGCGCACCUUCAUCGCCAUCAAACCCGACGGCGUCCAGCGGGGGCUGGUGGGGGAGAUCAUCAAGCGGUUCGAGCAGAAGGGCUUCCGCCUGGUGGCCAUGAAGCUCGUGCACGCUUCUGAAGACCUUCUCAAACAACAUUAUAUUGACCUGAAAGACCGACCGUUCUACCCAGGUUUGGUGAAAUAUAUGAACUCUGGACCCAUUGUGGCCAUGGUAUGGGAAGGACUCAACGUGGUUAAAACGGGGAGAGUAAUGCUAGGGGAAACAAACCCGGCGGACUCUAAGCCUGGUACCAUCCGUGGUGACUUCUGCAUUCAAGUAGGAAGAAACAUCAUUCACGGCAGCGACUCUGUAGAAAGCGCGCAGAAGGAGAUCAACCUGUGGUUCAAACCUGCGGAGCUUGUUGACUUCAAAUCUUGUGCACAUGAUUGGAUCUAUGAGUGAAAUGAGUUUCCACGGUGAAUUGUGCCUUCUGAACACAUCAUCAUCUCAUUCCAGCUAUUGACCUGGGAGCAAUUAUCACCACGGUUAUCUUAGUCAUUUUCAGCGCCAUCAAAUAAAUGAAUAUGAACUUAA